AUGGCGACCCUCUUGGGCGCAAGCUACGACUCGAGCGACGAUGAGGGCGCCGCUCAGCCAUCACCAGCUGGGCCAGUCUCGUCAGUACAGACAGCGCCGGAGAUCUCAGUAGAGACCAGUUCACAAAUGGAAUUGAUGUUGGCGAACCCAACGAGUAAUGCCCUGGCUUACAAUGUGUCGUACGACAAUUUGGCGAGACCGACACAAGGCCCAGCCAAUCCCUUCAAAACCACAAACGGCAAUGCGCUGAAGCGCAAGAACGUCCUCACGGGCAACGCAGAGGAGACAGCCAUGUCAGAGUCAACUUUUCGGACACAGCAUCGCACAUUCCAGAGUCUAGGCUAUACGCAAGAUCCAUCACAGAAUGGCGCAUUCGUGGGCAACCAGGCAGCGGUCACGAGAUAUGGCGGGAAGGAUGUGGUCCAGCUGGGAUCAUCAAAAGCCGCGAAUGCUGCGCUAAGGGCGAAGCGACAGAAGCGAGGCGACGCAAGUAUCGUCGAUGGUGAAGGUGCAUACAUCGGGCCAUGGGCGAGAUACCAAAGUGAUGAUGUCGCAUACGAGCAAGCAGAGCUGGACGCCGAUCGCGAGCUUGCCUCAGACGAGGAAUGGGCUGAGGAGGGUAUCGUGCCCACACCGAUGCCAGCACCUGCGAAAGAAGCCACCGGCUACGGUGCAGACACAUCCAUGACCGAGACCACAGAGUUCUACGGCGCAUCAGAACGAGACUACCUAGGCCGGACGUACAUGCACGUCCCACAAGACCUCGACAUCGAUCUGAGCAAAGAGCCAGGCUCAAUCCAGAACUAUCACCCGAAGCGACUAAUACACACCUACAAAUACCACACCAAACCCAUCACAGCAUUGCGCUUCAUUCCGAAGUCAUCACAUCUCCUACUGUCUGCCUCAGCAGACAACAAGCUCGCCCUCUGGGACGCAUACCACGAUCGCAGCCUCCUCCGCUCCUUCCACGGACACAACAAAGCUAUCACCGAUGCCAACUUCACGCCCUCUGGUACUUCAUUCCUCUCUGCUAGUUUUGACCGUCAGAUGAAGCUUUGGGACACCGAGACCGGCAAAUGCAUAUCCCGCUUCACAACAGGCAAGACGCCGCACUGCGUCGUCUUCCACCCCGAAGGCAACGAGUUCCUUGCUGGCAUGUCGGACAAGAAGAUCGUGUCGUUUGAUAUUCGGUCUGGCGAGCUCACGCAGGAGUACGAUCACCAUUUGGGUGCUAUCAACACUCUUGUCUUUGUCGAUGAGGGAAGGCGAUUCAUGAGCACAUCCGACGACAAAUCCCUCCGCGCCUGGGAAUUCGGCAUUCCAGUGCCGAUAAAGUUCAUCGCCGACCCAGAAAUGUUCGCGCUUACACGAGCAUGCGUACAUCCGAGCGGGAAGUAUGUGGCGUACCAGUCGGGUGAUAACCAGAUCGUGGUGUAUGCGGCGGGCGACAAGUUCAGGCAAAACCGCAAGAAGGGGUUCAGAGGCAUGAAUACAGCUGGGUUGGCGGUGGAUGUGGCGAUCAGUCCGGAUGGGGGGAUGAUAGCAUCGGGCGAUAGUGGUGGUUAUGUGUGCUUUUGGGACUGGAAGACGGGCAAGAUGUGGCAUAAGUUUUUGGCUACGGAGGGGAAGUUUGGUGGGACGGGCAAGGGGAAAUGUGGUGAUGAGGCGAGAGUUGGAGAGCCGGUUACGUGUGUUGUGUGGAAUGAGCAGGAGAGUAGUAAGGUCGCGACUGGUGGGAGAGAUGGGUUGGUCAGGUAUUGGGACUGA